GUUGAUUUGAUGCAAUAUUACGGCCAUAAGACUACAUAUCCCAGCAUACUUUGCGGCUCUACAGGAAGUGGACGUUGACGGCGUCGACCUUGUAGUGUGACGUGCAAACAGCAUGGCGAGCAAGGAGCCCAAUCGAUUGGUCCAGCACCUCAGGGACCUGGCUGGACGCAUGUCCUCGUCUGGUGGCAGAGGCGCAGGUCUCGGACUCAAGCUUCUCAUGGGAGCCGGCGCUUUGGCGUUCGGCGUGAAGGAGGCCACCUACACAGUGGAUGGCGGUCACAGAGCGGUCAUCUUCAACAGGAUCGGCGGGAUGCAGAUGGACACGGUCCUGGCCGAAGGGCUUCAUUUCAGGAUCCCAUGGUUCCAGUAUCCCAUCAUCUACGACAUCAGAGCCAGACCCAGAAAGAUCUCUUCGCUGACAGGCAGCAAAGACCUGCAGAUGGUGAACAUCGCCGUGAGGGUCCUGUCCCGCCCUAUGGCGUCCAACUUGCCCAUCAUGUAUCAAAGGCUGGGCAAGGACUACGACGAGAGAGUCCUGCCGUCCAUCGUCAACGAGGUCCUCAAGUCGGUGGUGGCCAAGUUCAACGCCUCUCAGCUCAUCACGCAAAGAGCGCAGGUGUCGCUGUUGGUGCGCAGGGAGCUUUACGAGCGAGCCAAGGACUUUAACAUCAUCCUGGACGACGUGUCCAUCACAGAGCUGAGCUUCAGCAGCCAGUACACGGCUGCUGUGGAGGCCAAGCAAGUGGCUCAACAAGAGGCGCAGAGGGCUCAGUUCUACGUGGAGAAAGCCAAACAAGACCAGAGGCAGAAGAUCAUCCAGGCUGAAGGAGAAGCUGAGGCUGCCAAGAUGCUGGGCCAGGCCGUCACCAAGAAUCCGGGCUACCUGAAGCUGAGACGGAUCAGAGCCGCACAGUCCAUCGCCAAGACGGUGUCCACGUCUCAGAACAAAGUGUACCUGAACGCGGACAGUUUGGUCCUGAACCUACAGAACCGAGACCUGUUUGAUAACUUGUCAUUGGGACAGAAGAAGUGAUGAAGAGGACUGUCCCUGCCCUCGUCUUCGUCGCAGCAGACCAGCGCUGACUUGUAGAGCGAGCGCCCGAGUGAAGUACAUUUUUGUGGUUGUUGGUGAUGAAAUGUGUGAAGACUAAAGCAUUGAUCUUGUAGCACCAACCAUACGGCACGACAUGACUCACUGAACGACAAUAUUUGUUGAAAGCUAAUGAGCCAAGUGAAUUGAUCAGUUAAUAAAUUGAACAGAAAGUCCACAUUGUUGUCUCUAUUGUUGACAUGACCCAAGAUACAUGUACAGUCAAAUAUUGGAACCCCUGCAGUUCUGUCAGAUAAUGCACCACUUCCCCCAGUAACUCAUUGAAAUUACAAAUGCUUUGGUAUUCACAUGUUUAUUUAUUUUGUUUGCAUUGGAACACAAAAAAACAACAACCAAAAUCUGAUAUUAUUUUACACAGAACUCCAAAAAUGGACAAAAUUAUUGGCACCUUUUCAAAAUUGUAAAAAAUAGUUGUAUUCUAAGCAUGUGAUGCUCCUUUAACUUAUAAUGAAACUCACCUGUAGCAAGUCUCAGGUGCUGGCAAUAUAGAAAUCACACUUGCAGACAGUUCAAAUGGAGAAAAGUUGACUCAACUUUGGUGUUGGGUGUACCAGAAAAGAAAGAAGAGCAAAGAACUCUCAGAAGAUUUGAGAAGCAAGAUUGUGGAAAAGUAUGGACAAUCUCAAGGCUCCAAGUCCAUCUCCAGAGAUGUAAAUGUUCCUGUGUCUACAAUGUCAUCAAGAAGUUUCAAGCCCAUGGCACUGUAGCUAAGCUCCCUGGACGUGGACGGGAGAGAAACAUUGAUGAAAGACUGCAACGAAGGAUUGUUAGAACCUGGAUCCACUUCCAAACAAAUUCAAGCUGACCUGCAGACAGUGUCAGCUCGCACUAUCAUCUCAAUGAAAAGGGACGCUAUGGUAGGAAACCCAGGAGGACCCGGCUUCUGACACAGAGACAUAAAAAAGCAAGACUGGAGUUUGCAAAAACUUACCUGAGAAAGCCAAAAUCCUUGUGGGAGAACCUCCUGUGGACAGAUGAGACUAAAGUGGAGCUUUUUGGUAAAGAACACCAUCCCUACAGUCAAACAUGGUGGAGGUUCACUGAUGUUUUGCUGCUUCUGGUACCGGAUGCCUUGACUGUGUGAUGGCAUCAUGAAAUCUGAGGACUAGCAAAGAAUGUUGGGGCAUAAUGUAGAGCCCAGUGUCAGACAGCUGGGUCUCUGUCAGAGGUCAUGGGUCAAGCAUACUUCAAAAAGCACACACAAAUGGCUCAAGACAAAGUGCUGGAGAGUUGUGAAGUGGCCACCACUGAGUCCAGAUCUAAAUCCUAUAGAACAUCUGUGGAGAGAUCUAAAAACAGCAGUUGGGAGAAGGAACCCUUCAAAUCUCAGACUUGAGUAGUCCAAAAUUCCAGUAUUAAGGUCAUUGAUGCUUACAGGAAGCCAUUGAUUUCACUUGUUUUUUCCAAAAGGGUGUGCUACCAAAUAUUAAGUUGAGGGUGCCAAUCAUUUGGUCCAGUCCAUUUUUGGAGUUCUGUGUAAAAUGAUAUCAGAUGUGGCUUUUUUGGAGGGUUUUUUUUGUGUUGUUCCAAUGCAAACCAAAUAAAUAAACAUGUGAAUACCAAAGCAUUUGUAAUUUCAACAAUUUUCUGCCGAAAUGCAGGUGUGCCAAUAUUUUUGGCCAUGACUGUUUAUACACGUAAACGCCUCAUUGAGCGUACAGUAGGAAAUGUUGUAUUUUUGCCUCAUCUCACUUUAGGCGUGGGUGAAGAAUGCACCAUCCACCGGACAAGACUGAAAGAGAUUGUACAGUAUUAUCUGCUCACAGAUGCUACCUGGUGGCCAUUUGAGCACACUGCAACUAGACCUAUAUAGUCCCACUCCUUAAUGCUUCAGUCACGCGCAGGAUUCUCACAGGCAUGAGGCAAAAAUGCAACCAAAAGCAACAUGUCAUUUUGAAUGUGAUGAUUGUAAAUGUUUAGUCCAUACAUGCGCAGGACAAGAGUCUAUGAGCUUUGGUUGGUAGAAUUCUGUAAUGAGGCAACUUCUCCGUUCGCACUUGCUACUUCCAAUAUGUCGCAGCUCUCAAUAUAUUUAUAUUUAUGGCUUCAUUAAGUUUUAAUCCACUGAAAAAUGCCUUGCUCUUCACGAAUGCGGCAGUUCAAUAUACUGCCGCCAGAGGGAGCCAAAGAUGCGAUGUUUAAAUGUGUCAGCUGCCGUGUUUCCCUGGCAACAAAUGUCUGGUGACGUCACAGCCUCACGCUGAAGUGAUCGUUUGUCUUAGUAAUACCAAUGGCAGUUAUUCAUGUAAACAUGUUUACUAAGGAGCUUAUAAUCAAAGUGUUUCUAAUGUUUGGACCUCUUUUCCAGAAAUAAAGCGCUCUAU